UCCAGAAAUUGCAAUAAAAAAGAAAAGGGAGGUUUGUGAUGAUUUUUAAAUCUUUUAUACUAGGUAAUCUAGUAUCCUUACGCAUGAAGAUAAUCAAUUUGGUCGUUGUGGUCGGACUCUAUUAUGGAUUUCUGACCACAUUCUCCAUGGGGCCCUCUUAUCUCUUCCUUCUCCAAGCUCAAGUUAUAGAAGAAGGAGAAGAAGGAACUGAGAAGAAGGUAUCAGCAAUAACAGAUUUUAUUACGGGACAACUCAUGAUGUUCAUAUUGAUCUAUUAUGCGCCUCUGCAUCUAGCAUUGGGUAGACCUCAUACAAUAACUGUCCUAGCUCUACCCUAUCUUUUGUUUCAUUUCUUCUGGAACAAUCACAAACACUUUUUUGAUUAUGGAGCUACUACCAGAAAUUCAAUGCGUAAUCUUAGCAUUCAAUUUGUAUUCCUGAAUAAUCUUAUUUUUCAAUUAUUCAACAAUUUUAUUUUACCAAGUUCAAUGUUAGUCAGAUUAGUCAACAUUUAUAUGUUUCGAUGCAACAACAAGAUGUUAUUUGUAACAAGUAGUUUUGUUGGUUGGUUAAUUGGUCACAUUUUAUUCAUGAAAUGGGUUGGAUUGAUAUUAGUCUGGAUACAACAAAAUAAUUCUAUUAGAUCUAAUGUACUUUUUCGAUCUAAUAAGUACCUUGUGUCAGAAUUGAAAAAUUCUAUGACUCGAAUCUUUAUUAUUCUCUUAUUUAUUACCUGCGUCUACUCUUUAGGCAGAAUACCGUCACCCAUUUUUACUAAGAAACUGAAAGAAACCUCAGAAACGGAAGAAAGUAAGGAAGAAACAGAUGUAGAAAUAGAAACAACUUCCGAAACGAAGGGGACUAAACAGGAAUCCACCGAAGAAGAUCCUUCUUCUUUCCUUUUUUCGAAAGAAAAGGAGGAUCGGGACAAAAUCGACGAAACGGAAGAGAUCCAAGUGAAUGGAAAGGAAAAAAUAAAGGAUGAAUUCCAUUUUCACUUUAACGAGACAUGCUAUAAAAAUAGACCACUUUAUGAAACUUUUUAUCUGGAUGGGAAUCAAGAAAAUUCGAAGUUAGAAAUAUUGAUAGGAAAAAAAAAGAAAAAUCUUUUAUGGUUUGAAAAACCUCUUGUAACUAUUCUUUUUGACUCGAAACGUUGGAAUCGUCCAUUACGAUAUAUAAAAAAAUGAUCAGUUUGAGAAUGCUGUAAGAAAUGAAAUGUCACAAUAUUUUUUU